AUGAGCCCGCCUAGCACUCAGCCAGAAUUCUCAUGCGAGACGUGCAAUCUCCCAUUUCAGCGCAAGGAGCAUUACCAGAGACACCUACGCACUCAUACAAAAGAGAAGCCGUUCACAUGCUCCGAAUGUGGACAAAGCUUUGGUCGCGUAUGUCGGCAACAAGACAAUGAUUGCUACUACGAGCCUCAUGCGAAGCGAAAAAUGUCAGAGGCUAGUUCUGACAGGCCAAUCAGCAAGCGGAACCGAGAAAAAGCCCCGGUCAAUGUUGAGGCCAUGGAAAGCAUCAAUGUCAAUGUGAAUAGCAGGAACUCGCCGCUCUCACCGCCCGCGACCGUUCAGGAUAACGGCUCUAACAAGACCAGCUAUGCUGAAAACUACAUGUCGCCGGCUCAUGAUCCAUUCAUCGAGAUAUCCAAGCCCGACAACCUCAAUGCCAAUAUUCAAGCAAUCGAUCCCCAGCUUGAUGCACAGCAUAGCUCAUCUAUCGGAUAUCAAAGCCAUCAGCACGGCCCCAGUGACAUCCUCUUUGAUACUGACGACAUAUUGGCAAAAUUUAACUCUGCAAAUACAAUUCCGGCACCAUUACCCUCUAUGUUAUUCGGUGAUGCCUUCGAAACUAACGGAUGGCUCAACUACGGCGCCGAUCAAUCAUUUGCGCCCCUCUUUCUCCAGAACGAUGCAUCUCUCGACGCCAUCAACGAACUCUGGUUCGACCACGCAGGGUUCAGAGCACCUCAGCAACCUAUCGUCUCACAGCUUACACCAGCCUCUUCGAUGGUCGAUCAAUCAGCCGUGGCAGAGUUAUACAGCCGCAGCCACUCCCCAGCUAUUGAUAGGGAUGCGGUUGAGCCUAGAGAAUAUGUUGCCGUCUCAAUCGAGUUAGACGCUCAGCUCAACUUCCCUGACCUAUCACACCUGACGGCCGAAGACGUUGAUCAUGAGAAUUUGGCACAUGUAGAUGAUAUCCCCGAGGAAGUGUCCAAGAAUGUAGCCGAGGCAGCAGCAGAGAUACAGAACGGCGGUAACUUCCCGCAUUUUAGGAAUCUGGCUAUACCGCCAACGCCAGUGCUAAAUGCUUGGGUCCAGCUGUACUUUGAGUACUUCCACCCAGUUAUGCCUAUUCUGCACAAGUCGACCUUCUCCUCGUCUAAACGGCAUUGGCUUCUUAUCUUUACAGUGGCCGCAAUCGGUGCGCACUUUUCAAGCAUCAAAGAUGCCCAGGCAUGCUCGAGGGCAAUGCAUGAGACUAUUCGACGACAAUGUUCAACCAUGUGUGAACGUCAAAACUCCAACGGAAGAGAGCUUUGGAUGUCGCAGACUAUUCUCCUGAACCACAUUGGCCUGCUCUAUGGCGGUGAGCGGAGGUCUCUCGAAAUUGGCGAAUUCCUGCAAGCAUUGCCCGUAACACUCGGAAGACGAAAAAGGCUUUUUACAAACAUGUUUCCCGUAGACAAGUUUGCUCAGCUGCAGUUACCGCAUGCUCAGAAAUGGCAAAUCUGGCUGUUAGACGAAGAGCGGCGACGGGCAGGCUUUGCUAUCUGGCUCUUGGAUUCUGCAUUCAGCGCGCACUUUGACCUGACGAGUCUUAUGAGGCUGUCCGAACUGCAGAUAUCCCUGCCUCAGCCGGAUGAUCGUUGGGGUGCAUCAACGGCCCAGUGCUGGGCCAACUUUCCUGCAGUUGAAAACUCUGGCUCUGGUGGACUUCCGACGAUGGAGCGUGUCAUCUCCGAAGAUAGCUGGCGAUUCGUAUGGUCCAAAACCAACACCUUAGGCAAGCAGGUUAUGCUGCAGCAUCUCACCAACGUCAUCAAGGAUAAAAGUGCAGACCAGCCUGGCACCCCGGGCUUCUCAUACCACGACAAAUUACUAGCCUCGAACAUCUUGACUGAUUUUCUGAAUCUGAUCGAGACCGACCAGAUGGAGCAAUCAAUUGAUGAAGCCAAGGCAUCGACAACACACAAGAUCAUGGCGCUGACGGCUUUGAUGACACACAAUACUCCGGUCCAGAGCCUCCUUCCAACGAUUAUUCGAUGUAUAUACGGCAAGCUCGACAAUAAAGACUGGGCGGCGAUCAGCGAUCGCUGGAGAGGAGCGUCCGGGCAAGGAAGGCUUGGAUGCUUCUACGCAUCGCGCAUCCUCCACGUAGUACGGUCAAGCCGGUCAUCGCACUUUGGUACACCAGUCUCGCUUCUCCAGGCUGUGUUGGUUCUGUGGCUUUACUCAGCGCUUGCUGAACGUUACCGUGAUGGGUUUUUGUUCUCGCGCACGGCUCCAGCUGUGGUGCUUGGCCCGAAGCCCCUGGACCAGAUGGAGACUAACUCUUGGAUCGAGAUGGGGUGGAGCCGAGUCAAGUUACCGGGAAUCGGCAAUCUGCUUUGUGCAGAGGGAAGAACUAAGCUGUUGGACGAUGCGGUGGUGCUUAUGAGAUCGCUAAAGGGUUGGGGGAUUAGUAAUGCAUAUGCUCAGAUCUUGCUGCGACUGCGAGCGAGUGAGACGGCUAGUAUGGCCCAUGGAUGAUUUCAGUGUGGCCUGAAAAGCUCACAAGCUACAAGUCUUAUUGUGAG